CAAUCUGCGUGUGCACAUUUCUCUCCUUCUAAAAUUAAAAAAUAAUUUAUAAUUUUUAAAAAUAAUUUAAAAACACCCUCCUAUUUUAAGGAGUCUGAGACAUAUUUAUUACCUUCUCAACAACAACUAACCCCACCAAACACCCCCUUUUAUUUCCCCCCCCCAUAAACCUUCUUCUUCUAAAUCUCACUACAUUACCCAAAACCUCUUCCUUUUUCUCCCACCAUUUCUUCCUUUGCUCCCUUAACCCAAACCCAUUCAUAACCCGACCCGAACCCACCCACAAACCCGACCCGUUUUAUCAAUGGCUAUGGACUUCAUAAGUGGGCCCACCGCCGCUACAACCACCGUCACUCCUCGCACCCCUGACUCCGACACCGAUACUCCUCCGCACCCUCCGCCAGCUAAGAGGGCCCACCACCACCACCACCAUAGCUACAACAUCAACCACGACAACAACAUCAACAACAACAACAACAACAACGAAAACGAGCAACAGCAACAACAACAACAGCACGUGUCAUACAAGGAGUGCUUGAAGAACCACGCGGCGAGCAUAGGAGGUCACGCGCUAGACGGUUGCUGCGAGUUCAUGCCUGGACCCACCGCUAACCCUGUGGACCCCACUUCACUCACCUGCGCAGCGUGUGGCUGUCAUCGCAACUUCCACCGCCGUGACCCCGACGACCCAACCCCACUCCACCACCUCAUUCCUCCCUCCGCGGCGGCGCGUCGUCCUCACUCGCCUCCCUCCGCGUCUCAGCUUCUCCUCUCCUUAAGCGGCCACACUCACAGCCCUUCCGAUCACGAAAUGGUCCACAAUUCAACCGCCUCCGCUGCUGCCCCCGGAAUAGGGGUCGUGACAGGGUUUUACUCCAACAAUGGCGGUAGCGGUGGUGGAGGGCAGAAUGGUAAUUUCCAGAGCAAGAAGCGGUUUCGGACCAAGUUUAGUCAAGAGCAAAAGGAGAAAAUGUACGAAUUCUCGGAGAAAAUAGGGUGGAGAUUGAAAAAAGGGGAAGAAAGAUUAGUACAAGAGUUUUGUAAAGAAGUUGGUGUUGAUAGAAGUGUUUUUAAAGUCUGGAUGCAUAACAAUAAACAUUCCGGCUCCGCUUCGGGUGCUGCUGCUGGUAUUGUUUCGGGUUCGGGUUCGGCUCUAGCUUUACCAUCUUCAUCUUCGGCCUCGCCGCAGCGAAGAGACAAAUCUGGUAUAAACAUCGCUGAUAAUACCAGUAAUGGGAAUCAUGGAAAUGCUAAUAUUAGUAGUAACAACAAUAAUAAUAGUAAUGUGGGAUUAAAUUGUGGGGGAGUUCUUGGUUCGGCUCUUGAGUUUAAUUUUGCUAAUUGUGGCGGUCAAGAAGCAAAAGCGCAAUGAUUAAUUUUUAAUUAAUUUAUUUCUCAGCUAAUUUUAAUUUAAUUUGCUCAUUAUUAUUUUUGACUAAUGUUGUUUUAGUUAAUAUGCACUAUUUAUUACUUAGUUGAUUAAUUAUCAUUAAAGAUAAUACUAACAAAAGUUUUUGGUUUUAUGUUUAGAGAUAUGGUGAUAGAGAGGUUGAAACUCUGAUGAAUAAUGUAAAAAGAUCUUGAAUUUUUUUUUUUUUUUAAUGUUUUAAUAUUUGGAUCGUAUAUGACUCAUGAGUUGAAGAUUUUUGAA